GCCGCUGCUGCUGCUGCAGCUGUCGCUGCUGCAGCUGCCCCCUGCCCGCCUCCCCUCUCCCCGCGGCAGCCCCCACACGGCCCGCUGGGUCCCCGAAGCAGCGGCGACGGUUUGUGGUCGUUGGUCCCAGAGACUUGUGACCAACAUCCGGAGACCGAAGGGGUGAGGAGGGGAGAGGGGGGCGCCACCAAACCGCCGGUAACGGCCGGACCCCCCCCGCCCCCCGCCUCGCCCCUCCCCCAGGCACCCACACGCGCUUACACACUCGGACUCACGCUCACCUCCAGCGCCCGGGGCCGCCGCAGGCGUAGGUCUUCCCCCGGGUGGAUGCUCGGAACCGUAGGAUUCCUCUGCCUUUGACUCCCGGGAUCUUAUCUUUAUUGAUUAUUGUGCAUUGGAAGGCUUCUGGAGGGACAGGAACCACACCAGCUGAUCCUUCUCAACCGUAAUACGAGGGCAGGCAGCCAGACACGAAAUUGCAACUAUGAAUGAAGAAAAUCUAGAUGUAACAAAUGGAUGCAGCAAAGUUCGGAGUGGUACUCAGAAUGAAGCAGCCUUGUUAGCUUUAAUGGAAAAAACUGGUUACAACAUGGUUCAAGAAAAUGGACAAAGGAAAUUUGGUGGGCCACCUCCAGGUUGGGAAGGUCCACCUCCACCUAGAGGGUGUGAAGUUUUUGUAGGAAAGAUCCCUCGUGAUAUGUAUGAAGAUGAAUUAGUUCCUGUUUUUGAAAGAGCUGGAAAGAUAUAUGAAUUCCGACUUAUGAUGGAGUUUAGUGGUGAAAAUCGAGGAUAUGCUUUUGUUAUGUAUACAACUAAAGAAGAAGCCCAAUUAGCCAUUAGAAUUCUUAAUAAUUAUGAGAUUCGUCCAGGGAAAUUUAUUGGUGUGUGUGUAAGUUUGGAUAAUUGCAGAUUAUUUAUUGGAGCUAUUCCCAAAGAAAAGAAAAAAGAAGAAAUACUUGAUGAAAUGAAGAAAGUUACAGAAGGAGUUGUGGAUGUCAUUGUUUAUCCAAGUGCAACUGAUAAGACCAAAAAUCGUGGUUUCGCAUUUGUGGAAUAUGAGUCCCACAGAGCUGCUGCCAUGGCAAGGAGAAAACUGAUUCCAGGAACAUUCCAGCUGUGGGGCCACACUAUACAGGUAGAUUGGGCAGAUCCAGAGAAAGAAGUUGAUGAAGAAACAAUGCAGAGAGUUAAAGUUUUAUAUGUAAGAAAUUUAAUGAUCUCUACCACAGAGGAAACAAUUAAAGCAGAAUUCAACAAAUUCAAACCUGGCGCUGUUGAAAGGGUGAAGAAACUUAGAGAUUAUGCUUUUGUUCAUUUUUUUAACCGAGAAGAUGCAGUGGCUGCUAUGUCUGUUAUGAAUGGAAAAUGUAUUGAUGGAGCAAGUAUUGAAGUAACACUGGCUAAACCAGUAAACAAAGAAAGCACUUGGAGACAACAUCUCAAUGGUCAAAUUAGCCCAAAUUCUGAAAAUCUGUUGGUAUUUGCUAACAAAGAAGAGGGACACCAAAAAACUCUAGGAAAACCAACAAGUCUUCCAGCUCGCCUAAAUGGUCAGCACAGCCCAAGCCCCCCAGAAAUUGAAAGAUGCACUUACCCAUUUUUCCCUGGAACAAAGCUUACACCAAUAAGUAUGUAUUCUCUAAAAUCUAAUCACUUCAAUUCUGCAGUAAUGCAUUUGGAUUAUUACUGCAACAAAAAUAAUUGGGCACCACCAGAAUAUUAUUUAUAUUCGACAACAAGUCAAGAUGGAAAAGUACUCUUGGUAUAUAAAAUAGUUAUUCCUGCUAUUGCAAAUGGAUCUCAGAGUUACUUCAUGCCAGACAAACUAUGUACAACACUAGAAGAUGCAAAGGAAUUGGCAGCCCAGUUUACUUUGCUUCAUUUAGUCUCUUCGUGCUUUCUGAGGGAAGGGCUAACAAGGAGUUCGCAUGGCCAAAAGACAGGGAACACAAUCUCUUCAGCCUGGACCUGUGUAGGAGAAUUUGGAGAAAAUAAAUUAAGAGGUCCUUUCUGAUGUUGCUUGAGCUUAUUCUCCUGAUGUCGGUCUCAUUCCUGUUGGCUAAACAUUGUCUCAUUGACCACAUUAAGUUAAUGCUUAUAUAUAUUCUAGGUGCCUCACUUUAUAGUAAUAAGAAAAUAAUACAGUGCAAACAUUAACCUGUGCAUUAAAUGACCUAAUUUGUCCUUUUCUUCCAUUCCUAGAUAACAUCAUACCUUUUGGAAAUAAUACUUUUUGUAGCCUACUUCAGAUCCUUUUAGGCUUUUCCUACACUGAAGAGCAUAGUUGAGUUUUUGGAAAGUUCAGGAUUUAUAAAUUUGGUCUUUGUUACGUAUCAAAUUACAAUUAAUGAUGCAGGAAAAUUACUGGAAAUAAGAUAUAUGUGUUUAUUGUGGAAUAAUUUGCAAAUAUAAUUGUAUUUUAAACAUUUUGCUUCAACAUUUUGAUAUUUUUCUAUAAUACAAGUUGAUUAUGGUUGACUGAAGUUUUAUUUUAAGAGGUGAUUAGUUUGAUGUGUUUAUGUGACUAAUAGUACUACAACUUUAAAUUGGUGAGUUAAGAGUUGUAUAAAAGGUUUAUAGUAGUAUUUAACCAUGAAAUACUGGUAGUUACUUUGUAAACACCAAAUAUUUCUAUAGUCCAGGAAGAUGAGUGGUUCUGCUAGUUAAGUCUUAAUAACCAUAAUUAAUAAAAAAGGUAAAAAUGAAUUGGCCUUUUUAGCUUUUUCUUUGAGACUAUACACCUUAGCUUCAGUACCAAAUUUAAUCCAAACAAAGCUUCACUGUGGAGCCAGAUAAGUUGGAGGUUUUCUUUUCCUAAAUAUAAAAAGACACAAAGUGAAACUAAUGGCAAAAAAAGUUUUUUUUCACCCAUAAAAAUCUCUGGAGAAUUGUGUCAAUGAAGGGCAAAUAAUACUGAUAAAAAACUAUCAAGAUUUGCAGUGUUAUGCAGGCUGAAAACAGUCUUUACUAAUAACAUCAAGAUUUUGAGUGUUAGAACAUAUUAUGUUAAAAUGUGAUUAGUAUUUCAAUGCUUGUCUCUUUGAAUUAAAUUUGUAUCCAUAAAGAUAUGCAAAGUAACUGUUCAUGUAUUUAUUUACAGACUACAAUUUCCGUCGCAGCUCAGUAAAUAGUAUUUCCCCUGUUAGUGCUACCCUCUCUUCUGGGACACCCAGCGUGCUUCCUUAUACAUCAAGGCCUUAUUCUUAUCCAAGCUACCCCUUGUCACCAACAAUAUCGCUUGCUAAUGGCAGCCAUGUUGGACAACGACUAUAUAUCUCCAAUCAGGCCUCAUUCUUCUGAAGAAAAUGUUGUAACAUUAAUGUAAAAAUUUCUUUGUAAAGCUUACAUAUUAAAAUACUGUUUUAUUUUUAGAUCGGGUUUGCACAUUUGGUUUAAAAGGAAAAAUGUUUAUUUCAGUAUAGUAACCGUUGCUACGUAUGAACCUAUGUAUGUUUAUUGAACUUGUCAGAAACAAGUUUAAAAAGUUAUUCAAUGGUUUCCCUUGAAUUAGGGUUCAGUAGGCUGCUAUUCUUUUUAAAUUUUUAGAUUUUAAGUAUUGCCAAUUCCUGAUCUAAUAGUGGGCAGUAGAACCCAAUGGUUUAUGUUGAAUGUUUUUCAAAUAAUUCCUUUGCUGACCAGCAUAUCUUUAAUUGUAACACAUGCAGACAGUAGUUAUAUUAUAUUUAGUUACCAAGGAUCACUUACAGUGUCGGAGAUUAAAACAGUUAUUUAACCAGAAGCAUCUAACCAUUAUGUGGCCAGAGAAUGAUGAGGAAAAAAGAUUAAGAAGUAAAUUUUAUUUAAUAGUAAAUAAAAAACAAUUUACUAUUGUGGUCCUUGAAAAUCAUUAUAAGUAUUUUAGUUAAUAAAUACUUGUUAUAAAAAUUAUCAUAAUUUUUGCUGUUAAUUUAUUGAGUUACUCUAGUUAUUUUAUUUGAGUUUGUGAUAUUCAUUGUAUAGUAGUUGAAAUAAGUGUUAUGGUUUUUUAAUGUUGAAAUCAUGUGUUGUUUAAUUUCUGUACUUGAAUUCAAACACUUUGACAUUAAAUUUAACAUGUGUCUUU